GCAACCCUUCGGGUAAGUGGUCUGCCACUGCUCCAGCCCACGAUUUGAUUGACAGAAAUGAGGUGGCGUCAUUGCGUGGGCGUGGCCACGUCGGUGACGCCACCAUCACGUGACCGCAAGGGGCCCUGGGUCGGGAGCGGCAGCAGCCGGUUGUUGGAACGACUGGGAAAGGAACCAUUCUCCGUUUUCUUAUUGAAGGAAACACAGACAUUUGAUCACUUUGUGCUGGAUCAGUGCUGAUCUCUUGCGCAGUCAUGUCGUACGGAAGAAUUGAGGACAGCCGCUUUAGCUACCGCUCACAACCACAGGACUUUAAUGCACUCAUUCAAACAUGCAGUGCCAACAUCCAGAAGAUUACACAGAAUACUGCACAGAUAAACACAUUGGUGCAACAACUAGGAACGCAACAAGAUACAAGCGAACUUCAGGACAGACUGCAGCAUCUGCAACACUACACAAACCAGGUGGCGAAGGAAACCAAUAAUCACCUGAAGGAGCUGGGAUCCCUACCUUUAACAUAUACUGAGCAGCGUCAGCAGAGAAUACAGAAGGAGCGUCUCAUGAAUGAAUUUUCUGCAGCCUUGAACAACUUCCAAGCAGCACAGCGAAAAGCUGCAGACAAAGAGAAAGAAUCUGUAGCAAGGGCAAGAGCAGCAUCACGCCUCUCAAGUGGUUUCAGUGAUGAUGAACACAAGGAAGAACAACUUGUAUCAUUUGAAAGUAAUGAAGACUGGAAUCAGAUACAAGCUCAGUCUCAAGACGCAGCAAUAACAGAAGAAGACCUGCAACUGAUUAAGGAACGAGAAACUGCAAUCCGGCAACUUGAGGCCAACAUCUUAGAUGUCAACCAGAUUUUCAAAGAUUUGGCGAUAAUGAUCCACGAUCAAGGAGAUAUGAUUGAUAGCAUAGAAGCAAAUGUGGAAAGUGCAGAAGUACAUGUUGAGCAGGGAACUCACCAGUUGCAGAGGGCAGCUUAUUAUCAGAAAAAAUCCCGCAAGAAGAUAUGCAUUCUGAUUGUAUUCCUUGGUAUUGUUGGUGUCAUUUUGGGCCUUGUUAUCUGGUGGGUAGCCAAAUAAUGAACUUCCUUCCAAAUACUGCUGCUUCUCUACACAAGAAACAAUUGGAACUGUACAGCAACUGAUGUCAGUGGGCAAAUUUUCUGUCUAUACUGUAAUUUGGUGAACACUGAGAAUUCCAUGGAUUGUGACCAAGCACCAAGAAAUUGGUUAUUUAUUAAUUUAUGUAAAGUCAGUAAGAUUUAGCCUUUCUGUAUGUGCACUGUAAAUUAUAUGCAAUUGUCUUGAGUUUUGCCAGCAUAUUUUCAUUGCUUUAUCAAAUAGAUUUUCUAAUAGUGUGAAAAUGGUACAGAUUUUCAGUAUCUCCUGGCCAUCUUUUACACUUGGGGGAGUCCAAUGUGGCAAUGAUCCUCAUCAGUUUUGCAAGUCAAGAAACUACCACCACUCCACCCAAUCAACUGUCACUGUGAUUUGUUUAAACAUAGUCCUAGAUUUUCCUAAAGCAAAACAGUGUCAAAUUUGGAUUUUCAGCAAUGGAAUAUAACUCUCUUCAGAUUCUGUCACAGUGAAACCCUGUAAUUUGGUGGGUUUGGAGGCAUAUAAUAGCAAACAGCAAUAAUUCAUUGGAUAAGUAAUAUGAACAGACAAAUUUUACUGUAGUUAAAUUGUUACUUUCAGGUAGAUAAUAACAUUUUUUCUUAGUUUAUUAAUACAAACACUGUAAAUCAUCCCUUUGCUAACCUGUUGUCUUGAUUUCUAAAAUUCGUUUUUAUUCAUUUUUGUGCUUUAGGUUUUUUUCAUUGAGACUUGGCAUUCCAAGGUCAAAGCAAAGGUUUAAUUGUAAAAAAAAAUGUGAAACUAAUCUGAUCCUUGCACCAACUAAGUUGUAUGUUCUAGGACUGUCCCUUGUGCAUGCUUAGAGUUCUACAUAACAUACAACCUAACACUGGUGCAUGGGAAUGGGGAAUCAACUCUGCCCUCAAUUCUUUUCCCAUUUAUUUAACAAAGCCCUUGGUAUUUAUAUGAUGUACCAGAACUAACUACUAAUUUUAAAACAAAACUUGCUUGCCUCCAAGUACUUUCCCUUCCCAUCAGAAUGUUGGAGUACAUUGAGUGGCAGUCAUCAGAACUUUCUAAUGACUGGAAAAUACAGUUGUGUUGUGGGCUAGGUAUUCCAUGGUACCUGGGCUACGUUGGUGUUGUGAAAAUUGGUCGGGCUGUGUGGAGCUCUAUGUGGAUUUGUGAAUUCAAACUCCUCCCAGCAUUCUUGGUAAGGUUUCUCUUGUUCUUCUUAGCCAGACUUGAACUGGCUGAGGAAAAGAAACGAGACAUUUCACGAGAUUUGUGAGACUGGAGUAAUAUUGCACGCUAAAAUACCAUUCUACAUUUUAAUUAGCAGAAGGAUAAGUGGGAAGGGCUACACAUCUCUAGAAAAUAAGGGAAUAUUUAAAGUACAGUGUUGUAAUUUUAGGAUAUUUAAUUUUAUCUAAUCAUGCACAGUUCUCAAUGUUUUAAAAACAAAUAUUCACAAUACUAUUAUUCAGAUUUUUAGUGUUUUCUCAACAAAUUUUCACAGAUCGGAUGUAUCCCUGAAUAUAUUUUGUAUCCCAUUGUUUUUGCAGAGCUGAGUAUAAGUAACUGCUGGUCCUCGGCUUUAAAUUCCUCUGCUUUGUGGACAUGCUCAGUAUGACUUUGAAUCUAAAUGUUUACUGUAAAGCCAUUCCAUUUCCUGUAUUGUACAUUGUAUCACAUUAUACUUGAUGAAAGAAAAUUGGCACUUUUGAUUUUGGCAUUUUCUGAAUAAAUGUACCCUAACUUGA